AUGACCCACUACCAUCCGAAGAGGUCUGUGGCCGCAUCAGCCGGUAUCAGCGGGGCAGACAACCUUGCAGGCUUCGGCGCUCGCAGGUUCAUGCAAGACGUGUACCAGCCGAAGCCGUACCCUCACCGUGGCUCUCAAGACGGCGCGUACGGUCGCGACGUCAAGCCCUCGCUUGAUCGUGCCUUCCCUCAAGGAUACGAUGCACGCAAUCAAUACGGACUUUCGUCUGCCGCAACACCUGGCUCUAGCCAGGGCUACUAUCAAAGUCCGUCUCCACGGCAGGCAACUCUGCCUCUACCGACAGUGUCGAGCGAUGAGUGGCAGAGGACAGGGUACAGAUCUCCUCAACAGAGUUACCGUCAGCUCGAACGGAAUGAUCAUCACAGCAGUCUGAACCAGCCUCAAUCUAGGGUAGCAGCUGCUGCUCCUUCCUCUUCGGCGCUUAGAGAGGCAGGCAGCAGAGGGGUACUGCGCUCCGACAGUCUCGAGUCUUCGACCAGCGAUUCCACGGCAAGUCUAGCCUAUGCUCACAGCGGCGACUCCCAGUAUUCUCGCAACGGGCACCUCAGGCCUGUAGAUGCACAGGGAUCCAGCCGCUCGACACCGAUGGCACAUACCAAAGUGGCAGAGCGGUGCACCAUCUACGAGGACGACUACGAAGAGUUCAUCUUUGAUUCGACCUCGGCGACAGUGGGCGAUACCUCUACAGACGCGUCAUUCACCAUCGCGCGCGCGACGGUUCUCGAGCCCGAGCUGCCCAAGGCGAAAUGCGCCGACUGCGGUGAGAAGCUCGACUUCGAGGAGCUUGCCAGUCAUUCUUGCCAGUCUACGACUUCGUCCAGACCCCCACUCCUGUCAAUUCAAUUGCCGAGCUCCCUGAGCAGCUCCACGCUCUCCUCAACCACUUCGUCUCCGCCUCUCGCUACGCCACGCUCGCCCUUCUUCUUUGAUCGAUAUGACAGUCUCGUCGGUGGGUCUGCGCCCGUAAGUCCCGCUCUCUUUCAGACUGCAGUGCAGAGCGAUUCCCGUCGGGUCAACGACGACGAGGAGGAAACGCCAAAGGCACGCACCGUCCGCAGAUUUGGCGCUCCAGCGGCAAACCAUUCUUCGCCAUUCACGUCGUCUAGCCCGUCUGACGCAGUCGAUGCGCGUUUACAGCCAGGCUCUGCCUCGCCGCUCCCACCUCCCUCGAUUCAGCGCUCGUCGAGCGACUCGCAAGCCGACGCAGCAGCGGCACGGCGAAAGAUGAUCGAAGAGCAGAGGGCGGCCAAGAAGAAAGACUUCAUGGCCUCACCAUUGCCAAGAGCAGCGACGACGUCGGACCUGUCGAAGCAGAGCGCCCCGGUGGAAGAUCUUUCGAGGUCCAAAUCGGCCAAGAGUCCGCCGGGUCCCUUUUCGACGCUGCCGCGUGUCCGCGCGCUCGGUCCAUCGGACGUCCAGCACGUCAAGAUGGAUUCCUUCUCGUCGGCCUCAUCGAGCGGCACUGGGUUGUCCGGGCGAACGGGCUCGACUCGGAAGCUCGCCGGAGCGCUCACUGCCGACAUCACGCCUAGCUCGAGUUACGAGCGUUUCGAAGAGGACGUCAAAACGACGUCGACGAAAAGCGCGACCGAUUACGCAUCGUCGAAGCCGACUCGCCAACGCGGUCGUGUCGACCUGAGCGGAAUUGAAGAGAUGAUGAAGGAUCUGACGGAAAGCCCGGAAUGGCUGAACCGAACACUGACGGACCUUCCAAGCAAGGGGGACAGCAGCGCCCCGCGACCCAGGGCAGCGACGGACGCAUCCAAGUCGGAUCGGGAGCAGGUGCUCGAGCUGGAGCUGCAACGUUUGCGCGAGAAGGAGCGCUCGAGGCAUCUGCAAGCUCUCAAGUUGAAGGACAAGAAGAAGAAGGAGAGGGCGGCGAAACGGUGCUGCGUCUGCGAUUGCUCGCUUUCGUCGAGUCGAACGCCGUUUGUCGAGCGCGACGGCAAGCUGCUCUGCGCGCGAGACUGGAAGGAGCUCUACCUGCCCAAGUGCCGCAAGUGCAACCUCAUCGUCGAAAAGGGGGCUGUCAAGUCGUCGGACGGUGCGCUUCGCGGCGUCUUCCACCGAAGCUGCUUUUCGUGCGCGGCUUGCGAGGCUCCCUUCACGGAUGGCACCUUCUACGUCUUCAACAACCAGCCGUACUGUUCGCGUCACUACCAUCGCUUGAACGGCAGCGUAUGCCGCGAGUGCGAUGGCGGCAUCGAGGGCGACUGCCGCCAGACGGACACGGGCGACCGCUUCCAUCCACACUGCUUCAGCUGUCAGUACAGCAGCUCCAAGAGCGGAGAAUGCCUCGAACAGCUGGCGGACUACUACAUGGUGGGUGGUCAGCGUCUCUGCGAGCGCCAUGCAGACAAGAUCGGACGACGACUUGCCCAAGCAGGCCAGGAACAGCUCGACCUGCGUGCUCAGAAACGCGUGACAAUGCUGCACAGUCUCCGCUAA